GGGGGGGACGGACACAGGGAGGGAGAGGACGAUCGGCUCAGACGUGUCACAGGAUCUCAGACACACACUCUGAAUCUGCUUCAACAUAAACUGAAACAAAACAAACCAACAUGUGAGCGUCAUGCAUGUGGACCUGCACAGAGCUGAAGCCUGAUGGGGUCUGGACCCAGCCACAGGGAAGAACCAGUUACAGAGAGCCCCCCCCCAUCACAGCCCUGCAACCACUCUGAAUCGGAUUCAGUGGACUCGUCUCCACGUCCUCCUGCCAUCCUCAUCACGGCUCCGUCCCGAGAGAACCUCCAUGUCUCCACCUCCACCAUGACGCUAGCCGACUCCGCCAAAGAGCGGAGGCCGGCCUCCACCCCCUUCGUAGUGGGGAAGAAACCAGUGACCAGGCAGUGACUGGAAACCUCCUGUCACACGAGGUCAGCUGAGGAUCAAAGCUGAAACGAGCUUUUGAGAAAAAGAUGGAGGCCGCAGGAGAAGAAGAACCGGACCGGAUCCGGCUGAAGUCCAUCAAGAACAACCAGACCUUCACGGUGCCUCAGAGCGACCGGUUCGGAAGCUGCAGGAGCGUCCGAGAGUUUGAGAAGUUCAACCGGAUUGGAGAAGGAACCUACGGCAUCGUGUACCGAGCCCGGGACACCAAGUCCGAUGAGAUUGUAGCUUUGAAAAAGGUCCGAAUGGACAAAGAGAAAGAUGGCGUCCCCAUCAGCAGCCUGAGAGAGAUCACCCUGCUGCUGAGGCUGAGACAUCCCAACAUAGUGGAGCUGAAGGAGGUGGUCGUGGGCAGCCAGCUGGAGAGUCUGUUUCUGGUGAUGAGUUACUGUGAACAGGACCUGGCCAGUUUGCUGGAGAACAUGCAGACGCCGUUCUCUGAGGCUCAGGUGAAAUGUAUUGUCCUACAGCUGCUCCGAGGUUUGGAAUAUCUCCACCACAACUUUAUUAUACACAGGGACCUGAAGGUGUCUAAUCUGCUGAUGACAGACAAAGGCUGCGUAAAGAUCGCUGAUUUCGGGUUGGCGAGGAUGUACGGUAUCCCACAGCAGCCCAUGACCCCCAGAGUGGUCACACUGUGGUACAGAAGCCCAGAGCUCCUCCUAGGGACCAAGAACCAAACUACAGCUCUGGACAUGUGGGCGGUCGGCUGCAUCCUGGCUGAGCUGCUGGCUCACAAGCCUCUGCUGCCUGGAACCUCUGAGAUCCAGCAGGUGGACCUGGUCGUCCAGCUGCUGGGGACACCCAAUGAAAACAUCUGGCCGGGUUUCUCUCAGCUGCCCCUCGUGGGUCAGUACAGUCUGAGGAAGCAGCCGUACAACAACCUGAAGAAUAAAUUCACCUGGUUGUCUGAGGCUGGACACAGACUGCUCAACCUGCUCUUCAUGUACAACCCACAGCGCAGAGCGACGGCCACAGACAGUUUGGAGAGUUCGUACUUCAAAGAGAAGCCUCUCCCCUGUGAACCGGACCUGAUGCCAACCUUCCCGCACCAUCGCAACAAACGAGCGGCUCCUCGAGCAGAGAGCCACAGCAAACGCAGCAAAGUGUGAAGAUGAUGGAUGGAUGGAUGAAGAUGCUGAUGAUGCCGUGGUUCCUCCGUCCACAUGGGGAACAUGGAUCUGCUCCUCAGAGCAGGACUUAAGUGUUCAGUAGAACUUUGACCUGCUCAUCGGAACAAUAUAAAUAUCUUCAAUGCUUCUGGAUUAGUUCUUAAAUCCAUAAAGCUGCAGAUGUCUGUGCUUGAAGGAAAAGGGACUUUACAAACAGGCCGAUGUGUUCUCCUCUCGUUUGGACCUGAACAUCGAAACGAUCAGUCUGUGCAGGAGACAGUCGCUCGGACUCGACCUGGAUCUGCUCAGAAUCAUUCAUCAGGAACCAGAUCUGUUGAUUCAUGAGGGAAACUGGAAGUAAGAGCAGAUCUCAGGUCUGAUCUGAUCGUCACUGACCAGCUUCUGUGUCAAAGUCGUGAAUCUGAUGAUUGUUUGUGCUUUGAGUCAUCAAGUCUAGAAAAGAUCUUUAUAAAUAAAAACCAUUUACCACUGAUUCUGUUUGAGGAGGAGUUCUGACAGAACAGCAGCUGUUUGUGGAGGAUGUGUUCAGGGACAUCGUGGAGCUGUAGGUCAUCUGAGUUUUAUCAGUUCACCUGGUUCUGUCCAACAAGGCCCUGUUCACACCUGGAGUUAACAUCUGUCCCGUGUGAUUCUAACACAGAGGGCAGCUCUAGGUUCAGGUGUGAAUGGACCCAAGACGUAUUGAGGACACAUCUGCUGAUCUGAAAUACUUUUACUUCAUUUCUGGAUAGUGACAGGAAGUGAAGCAUCUUUGGUGUACAGUCAAACUGUAAUUUACUGUAAAUAAACUGUGGCCGCCUCAGUAGAAUCACUCGU